AUGAAUAUUUUACAAAAACUAUUAACAAAAAAAUAUAAUCAGUUAAAAAAAGUACCAAAAACAUCUUCUACUAUUGUAACAACUAAUAAUUCUACUAAUCUUUCAAACGGAUCUUCUGAUACAUCAAUUCAUUCUGCUUCAUCAUCGAAUAUUAAUUUAAAUAAUGAAAAACCAAUAAAACUAUAUCUAAUACAAUCAGUUAAUGAUUGGUGCAAAAAACUGAACGAAAAUGAACAUAGAAAUCAACCAGUAUUACAUCUCGAAGAACAUAUUGAUUAUGAAAUUAUUAUUGACAUUAAUUUAAACAAGGUAUUGAUUAAAUGUGAAUGUGGUGCAACAUCAACAUUAGGUAGAAAAGAAAAUACUUAUAUUGUAAGUCACUAG